UAUACAGGUAUGAAAAUACACGAGGGUGAGUAAAUGAUGUGUGAACUAUCUCUUUAAUUCCAAUAUAUUCCCGUUAUUCCCAUGGAAAGUUUCCAGCAUUGAAAAUUCCCGAAAUUUUGCAACCCUAAGUGUAAGAUGUUUUAGUUUAGGUUGAAAGUUGGUUAAAUAUGACAAAAAUACUAUGAAUUAAACUUCACUUUGUGCUGAUCAUUUCUCUAACAAAAUACUCCUGACCCUCUACAGAAAAAUAUGAAACGAUGAUAAGGUGUUGAGGUGUGUGUUAGUUUAGAUUUAAUAACAUUUCAUUUAUUUCAUGUAUUAUAAAUGGUAGUUUGGAAAUAUGACAUUUUCAACUUAUUCAGAAUUUGAUGGCUUCAAAUAGAACAACAUGUAAAGCAGUCAACGCGGACUGAUUUGUUUAGGACUAUCAGUAUAUUUAAAGAUAUGUAAAGUUAUAACAUGAUGUGGCGGUAAAAAAAUGAAAUGCAUUUUGUAGGUUGUUUGCCAAUUGUACUUCGAGAAGCCCAUCUUAAAUAUGACGUACAUAGACUGUAAAUGACAGGUGUAAAUGAUGAAAUGUAAUAACAGGUGUAAACUACGACAUUGUGACCUCAGGUGCUAAUACAAAGAAACAUGGAGAACAUGAAAGAACAUGACUCUGUAGUCCACCACUAACAUUACCUCCAUAAUAAAGACCUUGGUGUGAAUGGACUGUACUUUGCGGAUAAAGUGUUUUUAGAUGUGCAUUCAUUAUAUUAAAAUGCAAACGUCAGACUAUUAUUAAAACAUUGCUGACUCAUUCUAGUGUGAAAUAUUGACAUUCUUGAUUCUGGUCUUUUGUUGGAUCUGGAACAACAUUCAAAUUAAAGAAAAAUGUCUAAUUUCCCAAAACCUAUGACCAGAUUAACUAGAGAAGACCCCUGUAACUCAGUCCUAAUAAACCAAACAUUAACACUGGUACUAACAGUAAUGCUAAAAUCUGAUUCUGGCUCAGUCAGGAUUGUUCAAUAACAAAAGAAGACAUUUGGGAAGUGAACUAUUGAUGGUUAUUAAAAUUGAUUAUGGCUUUCCUCUCUCAGGAUGACAUAGUAAAGCAGGUGUGGACACACCUUCCAUGUGAUGGUGUAUAUAAUGCAAAAGACAUGUUGCAGUUCACAAUGCACAUUACCCGAAACAACCAGCCAUCCACUUUCUGAGAGACUUUAGUUUGAAAUAUGUGUAAGGCACACCGGGUGGCGCUGUUUGGCAGGGCAGCGAUCUUCGUGCUCCUCAUGUGGGAACCUCUGAAGGUGGCAUCAGAUUCAGAAGAAGAGGUCGUGUCGGAGUGGAUGCUCUGGAAAAAACACAACGAAGUGUCAUACGAUGAAAAAAGUGAUGAUGUUCAGAGAAGAGGCAUCUGGGAGACCAACAUGAGAACGAUUGAGAAAAACAAUGAAGAUUUUCGCUUCGGACUCUCAUUGUUUAGCAUGGCGAUGAACAAAUAUGGGGACCUUACCCAGGUGGAGUAUAAAAGUUUACUGGGUGCCCCUAUAAAUGGGCCUGUGAACAGGAAAGGAAAGGUUGCAUCUGCUCGGACGCUCCGUUCCAAUGCCAGUAGACUGCGAUCGACCAAUGUCGACUACAGAGCGCUGGGAUACGUAACAGAAGUUAAAGACCAGGGAUACUGUGGGUCAUGCUGGGCCUUCAGCACUACUGGUGCCGUCGAAGCACAAGUGUUCAAGAGAACGGGUCAGUUAGUGUCUCUGAGCGAACAGGAUCUGCUGGAUUGUUCCAAAUCUUACGGCACGUAUGGCUGCAACGGAGCCUGGAUGGCAAACGCGUACGAUUAUGUGGUUAAAAGAGGGUUGCAGAGUUCGGACACUUACCCCUACACAUCAGUGGACACCCAGCCCUGCUUCUAUGACAGCAGUUUGGUUGUCGCCAAAAUUAGUGACUACAGGUUUGUCCCAACUGGAGACGAGCAGGCGCUGGCUGACGCCGUGGCAACAGUUGGACCAAUCACUGUUGCCAUAGAUGCUGACCACACAAGCUUCCUAUUCUACAGCUCAGGGAUAUACAAGGAGAGCAGCUGUAACCCUAACAACCUCAACCAUGCCGUUCUUCUGGUUGGUUAUGGUUCAGAGGGGGGUAGAGAUUACUGGAUAAUCAAAAACAGCUGGGGAACAGGAUGGGGAGAAGGCGGAUAUAUGCGCAUGCUCCGGGAUGGCAAAAACAGCUGUGGCAUUGCUAACUAUGCUCUCUAUCCUAUUGUGUGAGAUGAUAUUCAAUAAACGCUAAUGAAAUAUUACAUCUGAACCCGAAAUCAAUUAACUCAUAAUUCUGGUGAUAAAAUAAGACAAGCGCUAAUAUUGUGCACUAAGACAAGCACCA